AUGGCACCGGCCUCGGCAUCAUCAGGGUUUACUGCCGACCCUCGUAGCUCCUCCUCCCAGUCCCUGGGUUCCUCUUCCUUCGGCGACCAUUCCAACACCGCCUCCCGACGCACCUUGCUUGUCGUCUAUAUCCAUGGCUUUUAUGGGAACGACCAAUCUUUCCGCUCCUUCCCCGCGCAUGUCCACAGCCAUCUCCGAAAUGCCCUGGCUCAUUCCCAUGUCGUACACACCAAGACCUAUCCCCGCUACAAGACAUACAGGGCUAUCGAGGUAGCCCGUGACAACUUCAGCGCCUGGCUGGAGCCACAUGAAGGCCCUACGACAGACGUGAUUCUGGUAGGCCACUCCAUGGGGGGCAUCCUCGCCGGCGAGGUAGUCCUAUCACCCAACCGCCAUCCGUACUCUUCCCAUCCCUUCAGGCAUCGUAUCCUCGGCACUGUCUCUCUCGACUCCCCAUUUCUGGGCCUCCACCCAGGUAUCGUCGCAUCUGGACUUGCUAGUCUCUUCCACCCCUCGCCCACCCCUUCCCCUUGGUCCGAAGAAGCGGCGGAUAUUUCUCCGACAGUCUCCAAUACAGCCGCCUCGACUCCACUGAGCACCAACUCACCCCAGGUCAGCCAGCACAGUUCCAUCGUUCCCGAAUACGCAGACCAAGCGUCCUUCCUAUCCCCAACCUCUUCACCAUCUACGGAACCUCGCGACCCCCUCUUCAACCCUCCUUUCUUCAACGACAACGCCUUCAAAGAACGCCCUUUCCACAAACGACUGGCUCGUUUUGUGAAAAAGCACAGUUCUGAGGGCAUCAUAGGCGCCGCUCGCAACCAUGUACUCUCGCAUCUCGAGUACGGCGGUUGCCUGGCAGACUACCCGGCCCUUCACUCGCGCUACAACAAACUGCGCGCACUGGAGGACGUUGAUGACCUCGCGGCCUUUCGCGACCACCCAAACGACCCGUCCGCUCAAAAUUCUAUGCCAGCCAGAGUCCGCUUUGUCAAUUACUUUACCGUCAGCACUGGUAGACCCAAGCAGCCCCAGUCGGGAACCCAGUCGGGAACCCCGUCGCCGACCGACGAGAGACGUUCACCUGUAGACACGAUCCUCCCCUCGCCGGCAGGGCAGACGGUCGAUUUGCAACGGGGUACCUUGCGUGCCGAGGAUUCCGAGGGUCUACCCAGGACUUCAGGUGAUGGCGUUAUAACCCCUAAAAUCUCUCUCGACGCGCCGGAUGCCCGGGAAAGCCUUCUGAUUCUUGAUCCCAUGCCCAUGGACCAACUGUCCUCGGGCGAUGAACUCGCAUACUCGCGAAAUCAAGAUGAGGGUCCCUUACAUGUGUCGAGUAAGGCCGACAACUCCCCCGACGGACGAGUCCCUGCAAAUGCACCACAGGAAGCGGCACAAGACUCUGGAGUUCUGGCCGCCUCCCUCGAGCGUGACCUGGAUUUACCCCCAAUCCCCGACCUGCCCGUCCAACCAACCCCUCCCGAUUUAGACAGCUACGUCGACAAAGAGGCCCGCCGUCAAGCCGAGAAGGAAGCGAAGAAGGCCCAGAAAGGUUACGAGCAGGCGGUGAAACAUCGUGACAAAGUACUUCGCCAACGACAGCAGCUCUUGGACAAACACCGCCGACGGACCGAGAAAGAAGCAGCUCGGCAAGCGAAGCAAGCCGCCAAGGACCGAGUGCGGGAGGAGAAGCAACUCGCUUGGGAGGAAAAGAAGAGCGGCCCGCAGGAGGAAAAAGAGCACGACACCGGGCCGCUCAGUCUGGGAGGCGCCCAUGUGGAUGGAGCAUCAUCAUCAGUUGCCCUGUGUGACGGGCAAGCCACCGGCAACAGGCCUAAAGGCGAACGACGGGAUAGUACUCAUAGGGAUGCAGACGCCCAGGAAAUGGACCCGAGAAAACCCACACUUUCGCCGGUCAAGCGGAAGCCGCCCAAGGAGCGCAAGUUUUGUGUUCUCCCUCGCCGGGUCGGCGAAGGCCGCGAUGAGACAUGGGUGCGCGUCUUCAUGGAAGGUGUCGACGAAGUGGGCGCGCACUGCGGCCUCUUCGAAUCAGGCCCGCAUUACGAUCGCCUUGUCGGCGACGUGGCGCAGCGCAUGGUCGACUGGGUGCAGGAGGAUUUGAACUUGGCCGCUGUUCGUCGGCUGGCUGAAGAGGGCGACGGAGAUAUGGUUGGAGGUGAGAAGUAG